AUGAACAUUCAGAUGCAAAAAUCUUAACCAUCACAGCAAUCUUGCUACCUCCAAAUCAACUUAUCAUCCAGCUCUGCCCCAGCUAGCUCAUCACCUUCCACUUGCAAUGCAAACCAAUAUUACCUAUGUAUACCGGCCAUCAGCCUCUCGUUUAACUAUAGUUGCACACUUAUUUGGCAUCUUAACAAUUGUUCUUCUGCUUGUUUGGUUGCUGCAUUACCGUGGGGGUAUCGAAUACGAUUCAGAUAAUGCAGAUCGAGUUUUCAAUGUUCAUCCAUUUCUAAUGGUUGGGGGAUUUAUUUUCUUUGCUGGGGAAGCAAUAAUGGCGUUUAAGACAGUACCCUCCGCCAGGCAAGUACAGAAGUUCAUACACAUGUUUUUUCAUCUUAGUGCGUUGAUUCUGGGAGUUAUUGGAAUAUGUGCUGUUUUCAAGUACCACGAUAUGAUAAAUGCACCAGACAUGUAUAGCCUACAUUCAUGGAUUGGCUUGGGAACUUUCUGCUUGUACUGUUUGCAGUGGUUGUUUGGGUUUGUGCUGUUUCUGGUUCCAGGAGCUUCAGAGGGCGCAAAGAGUAGAAUGCUUCCAUGGCAUAUGUUCUGGGGUAGGCUAUUGCUGUUAAUGGCAAUAUGUGCAGCUCUUACUGGAUUGAUGGAGAAAUCCUCAUUCUUAAAACUUCAGCAUCAUCGCGAAAACCACUUGAUGAACUUCACCGGGCUAUCAAUCCUCCUCUUUGGCAUUUUUGUGGAUCUCUCUGCCGUUCUUGCCCAUUAUGUUUAUUGAUACGUACAUGUGUUUGUUUAUUUAUUUAUUUAUUUAUAUUUUCUUUUCUGAUCGAGCUUCAGUAUCACAUGGAGUUCUGUUCUUGUGUGAAAUUUUAAAUUGUUUAAUAGUUUUGGGCUGGAAGAGACUCGUAUAAAUGAUUAAUAUAUACAGAUUGGGAUUGAGUUUUA